AUGGGUAUCAAGUUUGAUGAUGAGAUUCAAGGUCUAUGGCUACUUGGUACAUUACCGAUUCUUGGGAGACUUUUAGGCAUCCUUGUUCAACUCUGCACCGGAUGGCAGGAGAGAAGUCAGAGUAGAGGUCCGGGUAACAGAGAAAAUCAACGUGGUACUAGCAACUCUGGUAAAGGGAAAUAUGUUAAUGUAGAGUGUUACUAUUGUGGGUUGUCGCGUUCUUUUUGGGGUGAAGCGUUGAACACGGAGGUACAUGUUAUUAAUCUAACCCCUUGUGUUCCUUUGAAGUUUAAUGUUCCUAACAGGGUUUGGAGCGGAAAAGAUGUUUCUUAUAGUCACUUGCGAGUCUUUGGAUGCAAGGUAUUUGUGCAUAUUCCCAAAGAUGAAAGGUCAAAUCUUGAUGUGAAGUCUAAGCUUUGCGCGUUCCUCGGCUAUGGCGAUGAUGAGUUUGGGUAUAGGCUUUAUGAUCCAGAUGUUGAGAAGAGAGAGACAAUACCUCAACAUAGUGAUAAUCUUAUUGAUUUGGGUCCAGUUCCUCUACAACAUAUUGACACACAUGUUGGAGAUGAUGUUCCUAUUGAUGACCAUGGUUCUAAUGAUGUUGAUGCUCAAGAGUAA